UUUAGAAAAAAAAAUUAUGUUUUUAAUAACCUUGAUUCAAAGUAGAUAAUUUUUUUUUUGAUUUUAAUAAAAUGAUUAUCGAAAUAUCAGAUUUAAUGUUGCAAAAAUCACUAUUUAAACAUUAAUUUAACAAUCAACACCUUUUGCAAAACUACAUAGAAGUUUUCUUAAAGAUACACGCCAAAAGUAAACAUACUAUAAACUAUAGGGACUAUAAAUGUAACUUUUGAUUCCAACAUCAACCUCCACUUCUCGCCAAAUAAUUCCACGAAGAUUCUUUCUCCGCCUGUAAUUUUCAAAAGCCCCAUCAUUCACUUUCUCUCUCCAUCGCUGGCAUAAUUUCUUAGGGUUCUACAAGGGUUUCUCUCUAAAUUCUUCAUCAAUUCAAUCACUAUGUGAAUUGAAAUUAUCUUCUGAUUCCGAGUAUAUAGAUACCAUUUGUAUAUCUACACGAUUGUAAUUAUAUGGCUACUUAUCAGCCGAUUAGAGGAAGCGGAUCAAGUUUACAGUUCUUGAAUCAUCCGUUUGGGGACACCACUUAUACAAAGGUGUUCGUUGGAGGGCUUGCAUGGGAGACACAGAGCGAGACGCUACAUCGUUAUUUUGAACAAUUUGGGGAAAUUUUGGAGGCUGUUGUUAUAACCGAUAAGCAUAGCGGAAGAUCAAAAGGCUAUGGAUUUGUAACAUUUCGUGACGCUGAAGCUGCAACUAGGGCUUGUAUCGAUCCCAGUCCAAUCAUCGAUGGUAGAAGGGCAAACUGUAAUUUAGCAUCACUUGGUCGCCCUCAACCACCUUUACCUUUUGGGCGUAUGAGACCAAUAACACCCUUCUUUAACAGUCUCCAAGGAGGCCCAUUUAUCGGAGCCCCAAAUUAUCGCCAACCUGUUCCUUACAGUUAUCAACAGUUCCCAUAUUCCUUAUACGGGUAUCCUCCAUCACCUUUUGGUCCUGAAUACCUCUUCCAUCAGGUUCAGUAUAAUCCUUACACAGGCCAAAUGCAGCCUAAUCCUCAAAUGUUUGGACCAAGCCCAAGCCCAAGCCCAAGCCCAGUUUUUCCAUUUGGUCAAAUGGGCCCACUGCCACCUGGAAGCCCAGGGAUUAUGACACCUGGCACACAUGUUGUAUCAUAUUCUAGACCAAGUGUCAGUGGAACAACCACAGAAACUGUUCCGAUGUCUCCAGCACCUUAUGUUACAGGUAUUGGGCCACCAUUUUUGGGACAGAUGAGGAGUGCACAAGCCCAUCCUUCUCAGUUCACUCAGAAGUAAAAAUUGGUUUAAAACUGGAGAACAGAGGAUCAGUUUCUGAGGUGCAUAUAUCUUAUCAUGUGCCAUCGUUCUCCAUCCUCUACUCUACUCACUAACUGCUGGAUGACGUCACUUGCUACUUGAGUGAUGUCACCGGUUGUUUCUGUCAAAAGGUCAUCAGAAGUCAUGGACAUGAAGAGUAAAAAUGGGGUUGACUUUGAAAAAGUCAAUCUCUGAUUCCAGACAAUCGGAAAAACAAACAAACCAUGGUCUGUAUAAAUGGUAAUAGCCGGGAUUGUUGGAAUACGGGAUUCCAGCAGUCUUGAUGCAUGAGGGAAUCAAAGUAUGAUUUUCCUUGAUGAUAUAUAUAUAUAUAUAUAAUGCUCAACAACUAAAAAGUAAAAAAACAUGGUGGAUUUUUACUUUUAACGUCCCAUGAAUUAUGGGAAAGCUUACCUGUGGAUAUUAUGUUUUAUGGCUUUCUGGAAAUUAUGCUCCAGAAUGCACUUUCGAUUUUAUUAGCAAACUUGUUCCGAGGGCGUCGUGGAUAAAGGGUAAAUGACGAUUUUGCCCUUGAUGGCAUCCGAAGGGAUGAGUUUGGUAAUCUUGGAAAUGGAUAUAAUUAAAGACUAUUUAAAAGUCAACGUGUCGGGAUCGUAUGAUGGUUUAAUUUAUUAUUAAAUGAACUUGGAAAUUAAUUUUUGUUAACGUAAAAAGGUUUUGGUAAUUGAUUGAAGUUAAGUUUUGAUUGGAUAAAAAAACUAGUUGUGAGACAGGUCUACUAUAUGAGUUUAUUGAAAAAAGUAAAAAUAAAUGUGAAUGUCUAAACAUUUUGAAUUUAUAAGAAAAAUGAUAAAAUAUUAAAUUGUUGAAAUUGAAGUGCUUAUUUCUUUUUUAGACUUGGACAGGUAAGUUAAAUAAAUAAACAAAAGAAAUAAUUGGACUUCAAUUUAGGAAUUUUGUAGGUUGUAUUAAUAAAAUUGAUAUUAAUCUAUUAUUAUGUCUAUUACCAUUGUUAUAUUUAAAUACUAGGUGUGAGGUUUAUGUAUUAUAUGAGUUUAUUCUAAAAAAAAAUUAAAUAUGG